AUGCCACCAAUUCGCAAGAAAAACCAGAAAAAUUUAGAAGAGCAAGAGGGACGAAUCUUGCUAGCAAUUUCCGAUUUAAAAAAUGGCCGAAUUCUACGUGUGGCUCAAGCUGCAAGGAUUUACAAUAUCCCCCGUAUGACACUACAAGACAGGCUUAACGGCACUCAACAAAGAUCUCUUGUACGCGCCAACCACCAUAAAUUGACUCAAUCUGAGGAGAAUUCGCUUGUUAAAUGGAUUCUUGAUCUAGAUCGACGUGGAUUACCUCCCCGGCACUCUCUCGUACGAGAUAUGGUCAAUUAUCUUCUUUUACAACAUGGCAAACUACAAGUUGGAAAAAAUUGGGUAACCAAUCUGAUUAAACGCCGUCCGGAGAUUGAUUCCAAGUUUGCAAGGAAAUAUAAUUAUGAACGUGCUAAAUGCGAAGAUCCAAAGAUCAUUCAAGAUCAUUUUAAUCGCGUACGAGAUGCUAUAUCUGAGUAUGGAAUUCUACCAGAAGAUAUCUACAAUUUUGAUGAGACUGGAUUUGCUAUGGGACUCUGCGCAACUGCAAAAGUUAUUACUGGAAGCGAUCGAUAUGCUCGGCCAAAGCUUUUACAACCUGGAAAUCGAGAAUGGGUGACUGCAAUUGAGGCAACAAAUUCAACUGGUUGGGCUAUUCCUUCGUACAUUAUUUUCAAAGCAAAGAAAAACGUACGAUUAGCCUGGUUUGAUGAACUGCCAAGCGAUUGGAGAAUCAAUAUUAGCGAAAAUGGCUGGACUACAGAUCAGAUAGGAUUAGAAUGGCUUAAAACCCAUUUUAUUCCUUAUAUUAAUGGCCGGUCAAUGGGAAAUUAUCGAAUGUUGAUUCUUGAUGGACAUGGAAGCCAUUUAACACCAGAAUUUGAUCAUAUAUGCACUGAGAAUAAGAUUAUUCCAAUUUGCAUGCCACCGCAUUCUUCGCAUCUAUUACAACCUCUUGAUGUUGGCUGUUUUGCAGUUUUAAAGCGACAUUAUGGGCAGCUUGUUGAGCAACGAAUGAGGCUUGGAUUCAACCAUAUCGACAAAAUGGACUUUUUAACGGCAUUUCCACAGGCUCGUACGGCAGCAUAUAAAGCUCAAACUAUUCAGAAUAGCUUCGCAGCCACCGGAUUAAAUCAAGAAAUCAACCAAGCAGUUAUACGGUUAUCAAAAGCCUAUGAAAUAUUAGCGAAUGAUGUUUUACUUACACGGAAAGAAAACUAUGAUUUACGAGCUGCGCAUGAAAAAGAGAAGCAGAAACGCCAAAAAUCUAAGAAACAGAUAUCUAUUGAGCAUGGGAUUACUAGUGAAGAAGCUCAAGCGCUCGUACAAGGUCAGGUUGAGGCAUCUCAAGCUGUUACUACUACUCCGGCUGAGCCAGAGCUCCCGGCUUCUCAAGCAGUUGUACGCCGCCAAUUUCGCUGCAGUGGUUGUGGCGUUGAAGGGCAUAAAAUAAACCGAUGUCCUAGUCGUACUAGUAGUUAG